GUCACACAUGAUCAAAGCUUAUGUUUCUAUCCUUUGACAAUGGAUUCUGUUCUGUGGACAUUUCAGAAUCCAGUAUUUGCUUUUUACUCAUUGUGUUCGACAAUAUUAUUGUUGAAAAUGUUAAUGAUGCCAAUUUGGACGGGAUAUCAGAGAGUAAAAAAUAAGAAUUUUUCUUGGCCAGAAGAUUAUCGUCAAAGGAGAAAAGGUGUGAAACCUGUACAUCCUGACGUUGAACGCAUUCGACGAUGCCAUCAAAAUGAUUUGGAAAAUAUCCUACCAUUCUUUGUGCUUGGUCUCUUCUACACAUUAACUAACCCCUCACUGAUUUCAGCUCAAUUUCUAUUUGGAGGAUUUACAGUAGCUCGUAUUAUCCAUACAAUUGUGUUUGCAAAUGCAGUCCCACAACCAACUCGUAUUUUGGUAUUCAGUUUUGGUGUGACCAUCAAUUUCAUCAUGGCUCUUUUAGUCUUAAAGAAUUUGAUAAUUUUGUAAAUUGCAACCUUAUGAAAACUAUUUUCAAUAAUUAAUUUUAACUGUAUACGACACAAUCAAAUACAAUGAAACACAAAGAUUGCAA